CGUGGGGUCACCCAGGUGCGGGAGCGGGGGUCGCUCUCCCUCCUGCAGCCCAUCGUCCCCCCGUGGCCAUGGAGCUGACGGGCGGUGCCUGGCGGAAAAAAGGCCGCGCUGGCACCGGGGCUGCCCAUGGGGGUCCCAGCUCCGGGGAUGCGUCGAGGAUCAAGACGGCGGGUGGCGGGGUCUGCGGGGCUGCUCCCGCUGAGGAGGAGCGGCUGCCCGGGAUCCGGGCCGGUGCAGAUGCCGGUGCUGCACUACAGGUCCCGGCGCUCCGCGCGGCGGGCCGGGAUGGGGCGGGCCCGACGCGGCGGAAGCGGCGGCGGCGGCGCGGAGCGGCGGGGGACCCGGAGCGGCCACUGGUGACGGUGGCACCAUGCAACAGGAGGCAGGGGGUGGCCGACUGCGCCGCAGGAAGCCUGACAUGGCCCUCUAUGUACCCAAAGCACGGCGGGAGAGAGAAGCACAAGCAGCAGGUGACUCGGCAGCUGUGCACUGCCCGGAGCCCCAAAACCACCGCCUGAUGCAGGACACUUGCCGGGGCAGCAGCGAGAGGCAAAGGCAAAGCCCCCAUGCCAGGACACAGGUGGACAGACUGGUGAGAAAGGAGAGCAAGGUGGAUGCCAGCCUGAAGGAGCCGCAGGCAGCCUCUGCCAGGCACUGCCAGAGGCUGGGAGGCAGCUACCCCACCACGCCAGAGAGCCUGCGGACAUCCCUCAGUGUGCGGGAGCUGUGCCCAGAUCCGGCUGUUGCCCAGGACAGGCAGGACAAAGCAUCCCAUGAUGGACUUGGGGAGCUCAGCCACAGCCGCCGGAUGAUGAGGACUGAGCCUGGCCCUCCAUCCCCACCAAGUGCCCAGCCUGGGGCUGCGGAGGCUACCCCUGGGCCCGGAGGUGACCCUGCUAGCCCAGCACCCCCCACUAGCCAAACGCUUGCGUGUCGGACAGGGCUGAGCGGCAUGUUGGAGCAUUUAGGGGACAGCACCCUGAAUCCAGCCGGAGACCUCUCCCAGCGUCUGGGAGAGGGUGUCCUGCCACCAGCAGGGCUGGGCAACCAGGGCAGCAUGCCUGGGCCAGCAUGGGAGUCUGUGGGUCUGAAAGCCCAGGAGGAGAAGCAGGAGUGUGGGGGUUCUCUCCUGGCAGGGCCGAGCAAGGGCUGUGCCCCUGGGGUGACAGAGGAGGAGGAGAGAUGGGGAGGCAUGGCCGAGCUCCCCGGGGAGGGCACCUUGGAUGCACCAGGAGCCAGCUGUGAAUCCGAGUGCUUGAGGGGUGUCAUGGGUGAUGCGCCAGCGCUCCCAGGGGAGAGCACCCCAGGGCAGGACAUGGGCAGCCCGUCUCAGCUCCCACCCAGCAAGGAGGAGAGCACUGCUGGUGCCAGGGAUGCAGGUGGGGAUGGUGUCCCAGUGCCCACUGUGGAGGGGAUGGGCAGCACCUCUGCCUACACAGACAGCAGCACCAGGGCUGAGAACUUCUCACUGGGUGCAGGUGAGGAGCUGGUGAGCAGUGCCGGGGAGGGGGCACCUGUGGAGAGCUGCAAGCCCCUGCAGCCCCUGGAGUUGCUGUGCCGUGGCAUAGAAGGGAUUUUGCCUGCGGCCUGGGAUGAGGAGCCAGCAGGGGUAGACAAGGACGUGGGCUCACCGCAGCAGCACCGGUGCAGCUGGGAGGCUGAGGAGGAAGAGGGAGGUGUCCACAGUGGCUCCCCAAAGACAGAGCGGGCUGGGACCCCAAGCCAGGCCAGCCCAGGCGCCGAGGAGAGCUGGGAUGCGCUGUUCAAUGAUGAUGGGGACUGCCUGGACCCGCAUCUGCUGGAGGAGCUUUUGGGGGGUGAGAAGCACCGGGAGAGCCAGCAGUCACCCCGCUUCAACUACUACGGUGCUGAGCCUGCCGUGCCAGACCUCAGUGACGCUGAGCUGCCACAUGUAAUCGAGAUCUAUGAUUUCCCCUCGGAUUUCCGCACUGAGGACCUGAUGCGUGUCUUCUGCAGCUAUCAGAAAAAAGGCUUUGAUAUUAAGUGGGUGGACGAUACGCAUGCCCUGGGCAUCUUCUCCAGCCCCAUAACAGCACGCGAUGCCCUCAGCACCAAGCACCUGAUGGUGAAGACUCGCCCGCUCUCCCAGGGUACUCGUGCCUCUAAAGCCAAAGCCAGGGCAUAUGCUGAAUACCUGCAGCCAGCCAAGGAACGCCCUGAAACAUCGGCUGCCCUGGCCAGGCGACUGGUGAUCGGUGCCUUGGGGGUACGCAGUAACCAGACAAGAGCCCAGAGAGAUGCGGAGCGGAGGAAGCUGCAAGAAGCCCGGGAGAGGAAGCGCCUGGAGAACAAGCAGCGGGAGGAUGCCUGGGAGGGCCGGGAGUGAGCUGGGAGGCUGCACCUUACCCCUGCUGGGAACCCCCUAGGGGGAUUGGGCCCCUCUCUCUGGGCAGGCAGGGCACCUGCAUCUUGGGAUGGGAAUGGAUCCUUCGCUGCAUCCCAAAACGCUGGGCUGCUCCUCCAAAAGGGCUGAACAGGAGCUGGUGCUGUGGGGAUGCUGUCUCUGUCAGGCAGCGCUGCCGUCCUGCCCAGGGCAGGAGCCCCUGUGCUGCCUGCUGCAGCGGGAGCAGCCAGCAGGACGCAGGGAGCUCGGCAGUGAGUACCUGGGGCUGUGUGGGGCAGCCCUGGCCACCUGGCAGGGCCUUGCAAGGGAGAGUUUUUGUCCUUUAUUUUGCUAAUAAAUACCAUUUAUUUUA